AUGACGGAUUGUAAACCUCUAACUACCCCCGCUUCUGUCACACAACCGGUCAGUAGCUCCACUGAUCCCUUCAACAAUCCCACACAUUAUCGACGCAUAGAGGGGGCACUUCAGUACCUCACUAUUACUCGUCCGGACCUAUCCUGCGCUGUCAAUCGACUCUGUCAGUUUAUGAACACUCCUACCGACGAACACUGGGGGCUCCUUAAGCGCGUUCUUCGUUAUAUUAAGGGUACACUCGACUACGGCUUACGGCUUUCCUCAUCAUCAUCGUCUGACAUUCAUGCCUACUCUGACUCAGACUGGGCCGGCUGUCCCGUUGAUCAGAAGUCCACUAGUGGGUACGCCGUGUUUUUAGGAUCAAAUCUUGUUUCCUGGGUCUCUCGCAAGUAG